UUCUUUUAUUAUUUGUUUCUGCUUUCCAUGUUUCUUUCUACAUACAUCUUCGUGAAGUGCUUAUGCGCUGUAUAAAUCUUUAUUAUAAUAAUAAUCCGCGUUUAUCUGUUGAAAUGAGUUUCUAUUCGAAGUUUGCUUCAUUCUCGAAUCUCCACCUCCAUCUUGUUAGCUUGCACCAUCUGUAUACCAUAGCAACGGGCCUUGACGACGUGUGAUCGAUCGAGAUGUGUUGACACAGUCCAAGGGUGCCGCGACCUUUUAUACCCGGUGUCAAGCAACAGAAUCGCAUUCAUGCGGGCACAAGCUUUCCCCUGACAACAACCCCGGGUGUCAGACUCUGUCUCAUCGAAUAUUUUCGCACAGAACUGUUUGUGUAACACAACGAUAUAUUUUGCGGGUGCCCGCACUUCGCAUGUGUAAUCCACCCAACAUUGACACGUUUGUCGACAACUUGAUACGGGGACAUUUCACGGAUACCUGCUUCUGUAUGCGAGGCUGUGUGUUGUGUGACAAUAAUUGACUGGAAAGGUUAGGAGCGGUGCAUUCCCUGUGCCAAAAGUUUUUGUUUGGGUGAGAAUGGAAUGAGAACGUGUGCUUCGGGUCCCGCAGAGCGCUGAUAUAAUGAACAGUAAUCCCUCGUACUUCACAGACGUCAGGUGCAGCUUUGAUCCGCGUACUCAAACUCGGCCCAACACAAUAGCCAGUACUUUUAUAUGCACAGCCUCGCACAAUACUCGAUCGCAGCCUUGCAGGUAAGAGAGCAGGCUUCAGUAUCUGACAAAUAUCCAAGCACUAUGUUUAGUGGGCUUCAAGAUUUCACCAGGCUGGAUCUCAAGAGGUUUGGUGGCCAUAAAGAUGAGGUGAACUGUGUAGCUUUCUCACAGGACUUUCAAAUGCUUGUGACAGGCUCUGAUGACCAGCGGAUCCGCAUUUUUAACACCAACACUGCACAGUUCAUUUGCAAACUUAAGGGACAUGAAGGUGCAAUCAAAAGUGUUGCUGUUUCCCCAAACAGUCGAUACAUUGCUAGCGGAGCCUUUGACAAGACUGCGAGAGUUUGGAGAACUGCAUCAGCAGAAUGUUACCAUGUUCUUACAGGGCACAGCAAGAGUGUGGAGACAGUGGUAUUCUCAAAUGACUCAUCUUUACUUUCCUCAGGAUCAUGGGACAGAACAGCUAUUAUCUGGGAUGUGGAGGUGACAGGGUCCUGGGACUUCACAGUCCGAGUCUGGGCUCUGAAGGAGUGUAGUACUUACCCUGAUGUUCGCAUCCUUUCAGGACACACAGGGAACAUACACGGUGUGACAGUCUCCAAAGACGGCAUGCUGGCUUCUGGAUCAUGGGACAAGACAAUACGGAUGUGGAAUCCAAAGACAGGGAGACAACUGCAUAUUUGCCAGGGUCAUAAGGGUUGGGUACAAGCCCUUGCCUUCUCCCCAGAUGGAACAUACCUGGCAUCCAGCAGUGAUGAUGACACUGUGAAAAUCUGGGAUGUAGUGAAUGGACAGUGUGUGAAGACUUUGGAUGGUCAGACUGAUCAGGCUCAACACUGCUCAUUUACACCAGGAGGCGCUCUGGUAGCAUCAGGUGCAGCUGUGGUAACUCUUGCUCUCACGUGAUAUUUGUACAGAAUAGUGAGACUGGUUUUCUUAUGACUUCUGGCAGCCUUCAGUGUUCAUGUAAUGUCAUCAAGUGCACCAAUGACUCCAACAAGCAUUAGCUGACUGUGAGGGAUAACCAGCUUGACUCAGCAGGUCUUACUGUGAUUUUAACGUGUACAGCCAGGAUAACACUAGUCGUCAUAAACCCUCCAAUCAAAGUGAUGUUUAUCACUGACCAGUUUUCAUUUCAGACAGUGGUCAUUGUAGCCAUGAUGUAACAUUUUUGGUAGUUAAACUAAAGAAUGGCAAAUAGAAUGACGGGUAUACUGUAUAAUGCUGAGAGCACACCCUUCUGCACCGGGCGGUUGGUGGCGCAGGGGCUUACCAUGACGGUUUGGUUUGGGUGUUGCGGGUUUGCAUUUCGACUUGGAUGAACCUCUCUCUGGAUGUGAAACCUGUUUACAGGGCUGACUGUCAUUGAUUUUCUCUAGUUCCUUUACCUCUGUGUGUGUGUGAGAGAGACGCAGGGACUAGUUAUAAUUUGAAUGAUAGUGAAUGAAUUUGUAAGAUGGAUUUGAUGCCUACUGAUAAUAGUGUGUUAGUGCAACUUCAUUAUGCAAGCGCCUUGCAUCUAUCUUUGUUGUUGAGAUAAGGCACUCUGUAAAUAAAGAUUUAUUAUUAUUGAUAUUAUUA